AUGUGUGUUCUGGGUCUCUCCUCCCAGUUGGAUGUACCUGGAACUCCUCUAAAGGGAGGCGUCCUGGAGAAUCCUGACCAGGAGCCCAAACCACCUCAGCAGCAGCUCUACUCCGCCUCCCCUGGAUCUCGUCUGACUAUGACUCCCAGCAGCUCUCAGUUUUUUGAAGAUGAAUCAUUCUCUCUGCGCUGUGAGGAGGACGACGGAUCUGCUGGAUGGACGCUGUGGAGGAACUCAACUGAAGGGGAGACGUCUCAGUGUGGAGUUGACUGGGGAAGAUCAGAUGGUUCCUUCUGUAACAUCAGUUUAACAGCACCCUGGGACAGUGGAGUUUACUGGUGUGGGUCCAGAGAGGGAGCAACCAGUAACAGCAUCAACAUCACUGUCAGUGAUGGACCAGUGAUCCUGCAGAGUCCUGCUCUCCCUGUGAUGGAGGGAGAUGAUGUCACUCUGCACUGUAAAACACGGACCUCCAACCUCUCAGCUGAUUUCUUUAAAGAUGGCUCCCUCAUCAGGUCUGAGCCUGCAGGUCACAUGACCAUCCACCAUGUUUCCAAGUCUGAUGAAUGCCUCUACAACUGUAACAGCAGCAUUUUUGGAGAGUCUCCCUCCAGCUGGAUCACUGUCAUAGGUGAGGAACCCUGCCCUCCUGUAUCUGCAGGCCCACUCCCUGUCUCACCAACCCUCCAGCUUGUGUUCACACUGGUCCGUCACCUAGUAGUGAUCUGUCCGUACUUCAUCUCCACUCUCCUUAUGGUGUCUUUAUAUCGAUACAGACCAAGAGGAAACAACCUUCCCAUCUUCAUGACAACCCCCCUGCCCUACCAGGCUGCAGGUAGAUUGGCUGAGGACUAUGAUGACAUCAUGGAAGUCACCACCGAGCAUCAGUUCUGA